AUGACAGCAUCAACAUAUCAUCAACAACAACACCAAAAUAGAUUUUCAACUCAAUCUCAAACAUAUGCAUCACUGCUACAAACUCCAACACAGCGCCAGCAACCUCCACCAAAAAAAGACCAAAAUCAUAUAUAUUUGGAAAACAUACUAACAUCAUUUUCAAAUAAAAUUGAACAUCGUCUACAACAAUUUGAAGAACGAUUAAUUAGUCAAGUUAUUGAAAUAGAAAAGAAGGUAGACAAUAUCAAAAAUGUCGCCAACGAACUUGAAACAAUCAUUUUUGAAACAAUUCUACCAGCAAUUAAAGCAAUACAAGAAUGUUCAUUUGUCAACACCAGAAGCACGUCAAUACGUGAAGAUCUAAUCAAAUACAAAAAUGAAGUAUCAACCCUACUAACAAAAAGAAAUAAUAAUCAUAUCGAUCAAAUCAUCACCAAAUCUUCGGACAAACAAACAAAAAACUCAACAAAGACAACUACAACAACAAGACAAACAUCUACUACAAAUUCUAAUGACAGCGAAUAA